GAUCGAAAUUCCCGAGGAUACUUUGUCCCCGGGCGGACACUCCUCUCGCGCACGAAUACAAUCGUGUGCUUAGUCGAAGAGCGUCUCUCUCGCCGAGCGAUGAGAGAUAGGGAGACGCGUGAUCACCUGUGAUCGAAACACUGCCUUCAGUUCAGGUUCACUUCAGUGAGCCUAGCGCGACACGAAGGAGAGACUGCGCGCUCCCUGACAAGAAAAAACAUGCCUGUAGCGGAGACUCACGAAAGCGUCGGUGGAAAGUUGGCAGCGGCUACCGACCUGGCCGGGGUUGACGCCGGCUGCGGAGGCACCAAGAACACUCCGCCGCCCGCGGGUCCGGCGGGGGAAAAGAACACACCGACAGCGAGGGAGAGAGGCGGUAUUCCGUUACCCAUGGCAGCGAUACCCAGUGUAGCAGCAGAAGGGACAGUAGCAGCUGGAGAACCUCCAGCAGCGGGAGAAGAACAACCCGCGCACGCCGACAAGAGUGCGGAAAGGGCUGAGUUCGGGUCUUCUGCCGUCACAUUCAGGAGCACAUUCGCGCGAGGUUAUGACCAUCGACGUCGUGGCAGGGCGUACUCAUCGACACUGCCUCCUCCACCACCUCAAGCUCCUCCCGGUGUCGGCGGAGGUUCUGGCUGGGCAGGGCUUCGGGACCUGGACGGGUGUGUGGUGUGGUACACGGAAAGCGUUGACUCUGCCGCGGAGGCCGAUAUCGAGAGCCUCGCGUCGCGAGCAGAGAGUGUCGACAGCAGAGAGGAUGACCUUGAUGCGACAGCUAGCACGGACAGCGAGGUUGCGAGCACCGCGAGCUCGACAGGGGGCGCCAGUUCAGUUUGCAGCGGGGACUCCUCCCGGAACAGAGUGAGGGACCGAGACCUGUCCCUUGAGUUGUGCUCCACGUGGAGCGAGGAAGGAGAGGAAGACGUUCUGUUGGGGUUGUCCCUCGCGCGAGCUAGGAUGACAGCGGGCAAGGCCGCCUGCUCUUGCCGGGAAACGUCCUGCUUCUGCCGCUUCAGGAACACCUCCGCCUCCUUCGCCUCGCCGCGUAACCGCAACCAGAACCCUCGCACUGUAGUCCCGCUCCCACCCCCGGGGCCCCUGGCAAGGUCUGAGCUCGACCCUCGAGACCUAGCUCUCGUUGCGGAGAUCAACUGCAUGGCGAAGGGCAGUCGGGACCGACGUGGUAGAGGAGCAGGUGACGAGAGGGGUGUCGUCGCGACGCCUGGCGACGCUCCUGUCGGGGAGGGAAUGGGCGCGGCUGGGGCGGGGGUGGCAGCGGCGAGGACGCCGGAGCGAUUGGCCGUUCACCCGGACUGUGCCUUUGAGUUCGCGGAGAGAUUCGUGAGGCGUGACAUCGCGUUGGCCGGAAGGGUGCAAGCCGUGCGGCUGCUCUACUUCAGUACGAACUCCAUAUUCAGCGUGGUCGUCCGCUGCGGCGGGUUUCGAGCGCUGUACGGCUGGCUCGGGGACGUGUGGGAACGCGUAAGGGCGCACAAGCUGGCAAGGGCUGGCCCCCCACAGUGGAAAGGGGUCGGUGGUCGGUUGUAUGUCGAAGGGCUGCUGUGCGUCCUAGCGCGCGUCCCGAUCUCGGUGGACAUGCUGAGGGAGACGGAAAUCGCUCGCGUCGCGAAGAAGUUCAGAAGACUGGCGGAGCGUCAUGGCCUGGAGUCCAUGACGAAGGCGAGCAACCAACUACGCGCCCACCUGCACGCCGUGGUCUCAAGGGGCGUCCAGGAAGGACUCUUCUUUCGCAACCGCGGGUCAGCGGCCGCGGCGGGGCCGGCCGACUACGGCCGCGGCGGCCCACUGUCACAGUUUCAGCACCCGUCAGGGGCGAGCAUGCCUUACCCGGUCCGUCGACCGGAGCCUUGGAACUCCAAGGAAGGCGAGUCUUGGCGCGCCAACGGCAAGGUCGGCGGUACGGUCGGCUUCCGGGAGUACGGCGGGCCUACCCGGGGACGAGCAUACGCACCCGGUUGGAGAGGCGGCGGCCGCGGCGGCCGCGGCGGUAGCAGCGGGCAGCUAGCCGGAGACCCCAGAGGUGCCGGCGGUGGCAAUGACAGCAUGAGCAACCACUUUGACCCCCCGCUUCCUUUCUCGGGGAUGAACUUGGGGAAUCGACCGGGCCUGAGAUCGGUCCAGCUGAAGGGAUGGCGCUGCAGACAAGGCGGUGGUGACGACACCAGUAGCCGUGGAGGGGGUAGCGACGCCGGCAGCGUGCGCGGAGAAGAUGAUGCCAGAGCCUCAGACGAAGGCAAGCGGUCCGCGUCCAACCACUCGGGCUCGGCGGACGGCAGUCCGACUAGAGAAGGCGCGCGCGGCGAGCUUGCAGGCGAAGGGGCAGGGCAUCAGAUGAAGAAAGGAGAAAAAGGUCAAGGGGAAGCGCAGCACGGCAACGGCGGCAACAGCCGCAGCAACAGUAACCCUGCUGCUGCUGGAGCCCUGGGAGGCUCACCCGAGCCCAGCUCUGUGCCCGCGCGACGCAGCGGCAAUCGAUCCGCUCCAGGAGCGGGCCGGGCGGUCGUGGGUACAUCAGGAGGAAGGAAAGGGCACCCGCGGCGCAGCUCGUGGCGCCGGGCUUCCAAAACGGAGCCAUGGGUUCUCGAUCUGUCGAACAGCGGGAGGGAGGACGAGCAGCGGCGAGCGGCGCGCAAGCACAACAGCCCGCAGCGGGCUGGGUACGGGGGCUCACGCCAGGGUAAGUCGGGGGAUGAGGGGGUAGGCUCUUCCCGUUGGCACGGCGGCGAGAACAGGAUGUUCCGCCCGCUCUACCGAGAGGAGGCCGGGAGGUUCUCCGACUUUCGGCACCACCCUUCGAACGCGUCCGAAGACGGUUCUUGGGAGGGGACGGGGGACUGGUGGCCCCGCCCCCGGUCCCCGCCCCCCGCCGGCGCGGCCGACACCUACUACGCCUCCGGCGACUACGACUCGGGCAUGUACAUGAACUCGUUCCCGGGGCCCCAAGGCGCGUCGUCUCUGCUGCCCGCGGUGCCGACCUUCGAGGAGAGCGGUACGCGUGUGAGCUGGGCGGACCACCGGGGACACAACCUGGCAGAGGUUCACGAAAUCGAGCCGGGUUACAGUCGCGGGGACUUCGCGCUGCCCGGUCACGUCGGCUUCAUCACGGAGGCUUGCCGAAGGGACAUGUCCAAGAAAGAAGAGCAGCUUCUCAGCCUCGAGGACCACGAGAGACUCGCUGCCGCCGCUCUCGAGUCUGACGUGCUCAGAGGAAGGGGGUACGGAAGCGGCGCGGGUGGCGACAGCGAGGGUACCAUCUCGGACUCGGAGAACAGUACCACCGGAGACCUCGACGGCGGGUACCAGAGCAACAGCAGCGGCGGGGGCGGCGAAGGGAGAGAGAGAUCGGCCAGCGACGACGGCUCGGAGGCCGAGAGGCGGAGAAACGCCUCUUCUAACCCCGCACUGCUGCCGAACUCCCCGGCGUCGUCAGGCGGAUCUCAGGACGGUGACGACGCGAGCGAGACGGCGGUGGCCCGGAGUGAGGACGACAAAAGGAAGGAGGGCGACGCCAGGGCGAAAGAACGGAGCAGCCUCCAGCAGAACGGUCCGCGGACCAGCCUCAAGAACAACAGCGGCGCUCCGAACAACCUCAGCGACUCGCAGAGCAGCUCGCAGAACAGCCCGCGGAACAGUCCGCAGAGCAGCCCGCGCCGGAGCCUCCGCGGGAGGCGGGAACCGGGGGACGAAGGGGGUUCAGAGUCGGGCUGUUCGUCGAUCCACUCCCCCCAGCGGUGCUUCUCCCCCAUGGAAGGCGGUUCGCCGCUCGGGGCGCAGUCGUCCGCGAUGGCGCCGCAGAGGCGGUUCACGUCGCCGAGCGGACGGCGUUCCCCCCCUCGGUCACCGUCCGUCUCGUCACCGGGCUCAUCGCGGUCGGGCAGCGUCGCGGAUGGCCACGUCAUGUUCGAGAGCGGCGAGUCUUCCGACCAGAGCCACAGAGACACGGUGUGCCGCCCCCCGCUUGCGCACAAUCCCUGGGGCCACCACCACGAGCACCAGCACAAGCAGCCCUGGGAACUGGACGCCUCGGGUUCCCGAGAAAAGCCGCGCUGGGAAUCGGGAAGGGGGCGAAUAAACGGAGGAGGCAGUCACGCCGCCGGUGAUCCGGCGCGAAGGGGUAGAGGCGGGCGUAUCGAAGGGCUGCGGGGACGAGGUAGGGGCGUCGAGGACGAGGAACAGGAGGAGGAGGACGAGCAACAGGAGGAGAAGAUGUAUCGCACGCGAGCCACGGCGGCCAUGUUGCUGGGCGUCAAGAGCAGGAGCGUGGAUUCACGCGAGGGCUUGGACGUCCAGGGAAGGGGCCGCAAGCGCCGUCGCCGCGACCUCGAUAGAGAUGACGUCGGUGGCUCUCUCGGGCCCUUGACCGGUAGUUGCAGUGGGGGGAGCGGCGGAGGCGCCGCAGGGGAAGCGGACCCCUCGUCUCGCGGUUUUCCGGAUAGCGGAACGGUACGGAAUCCCCCAUGGUUCGAGCACCAUGGAGGACUGCCGUUGCCUCGCGAUGGCGGCGAUGUUGUUGGAUCGGCCGCGAGGUUUUCUUCGGAGCGUAGCGGCGGCUGCGGCAGGCCGAGAACCAGGCGGCGCGUCAAGGCUAACGACAGAGGGGGUGGACGAGCGGAAGGAGGAGGAGAGGGCGCCGGCGUUGAUCAACUUUUGGAGGGAGCGGGGAGCGGGGAGUGAUGCGGCACCCGAAGUAAACGUAGUUUCCGUUGUUGGGCCAAGGCCUAGCCAAGUGUGAUUGUUCGUCGUUCCGAGCAUGCCGCCUGCUACAUACACAACAGUUUGUGUUGUUGGCAGCUCCUUCGUUAUUUUGCCAAGGGAUGGUUUGUGCAACUUGAAGUGAGGCCGAGCGGGUCGGGAUGCACGAUCGAUCUCUUGUUGACGCGAAGGGUGGACUGGGAAGAGUGUUGAGUGGGAAGGUUAUCCCACCAGUAUUUUUCCAUGUAAACGCAGUAUGUGGAGAUGGUAUGGUUUGGUGUUGUGGUGUUGUACGUAAGCGGGUCUCGGUCUCAGGAUGAACGCCCCCAGAAGGGUGAAGGGGGAGUUAAGGGGGUGAGUUGAGGUGGGCGGGUGAGGUGUUGGCCGGCAUUUCUCGUUCCCGCUACAGUUUGGUGUCAUCGGCGUGAUGUCCUGCCAGAGGACAACGUUGUUCGUCGAUUGACAGGGUUUUGCCUGUGUGACAUUGCGCGUGAGUUCUGUGUUGGUUCGUCAAGUGAGUGAUGAGUGAUGAUGGCGGUACUUCUGCUGCCCUUGCGUUAGCUCUGCCCGCCUGUACUAUAGAAAUUCUUGAACAUUUGCUAUCUGCUGUGUCUUUUGGCCAGUGCCUACCAAAGCGAGAAAGUGUUGCAUGUUGGGAAAAUGGCGGAAAAAUGUUGUCCCCCCGCCCCUCCCCCCUGCCUCCCGCCCUCCUCCGUAUCCACCUUGCGUGGACUACUGUAAUUUCUGGUGAGGAUCCCGCCCCGUGACUUGUGUUAUCUGCAAAAUGCGCCAAUUGAAUCCCCAUGGAGACCGUUGGAGCGAGGUAAACAACAGCAAUCAGGCAUGCCCUGCCGUUUCGCCAGGCGGAUCUAUCCCUCGUGCGUCUUGCAUACUGCUGCAAAACCGCUCGUGGGAUUCCUAGGACAUGCCAUCCGUACAGCAUUGAUUGGCCAAUCACAUGAUCCUAUGAAUCCCCAUGUGGGACACAUACGUUCAUGAUCAGCGAGGAUGAUGUUGUUCUGCGGAGCCUGGUGUGCCUGGAGGAGGGGAAGACGGAACCCCGGGGGGGGAAGGAGGCACCCUUUGACCGAGUACGGAGGGCAGUAUGGGGGAUGCUGUAUGCCGAUGAUGCCGGCGUCGUAUCGAGGUCUGCAGAAGGACCGGCGAGAAUGAUGGUCAUCAUCGUUGAGGUGUUCGGGGAGUUCGGGCUAACGGUGUCGGAGAAGAAGGCGGAGACGCUCCUGAUGUGCGCGAAGGACAAGCCGGCCUACAACAUCACAGCCCCCCCCGCCUCCACCGCUGACCACCGAAGCCGCGGGACAGAAAUACGCCCAUGCCACCGAGUUUCGGUACCUCGGUGGCCUCGUCAACGAACAUGGCGACCUCACCCGGGAGAUCAACUACAGGAGCAGAGGAGCGUGGGCGUGCCUCAGGCGAUAUGGCCGAGAGCUCUUCGACAGACCGAAUAAAGCGCCAUUCCGACUCAAGAUCCGCCUGCUCCAGGCAGGCGAAGGCGAUGGAGGCACUGCUGUACGGCUGCAUGACAUGGUUACCACUCGG